GAUUGACUUUCUGGUUUCAAAAUAGAAGAGUUAGCAACUUCAUACAAAUAAUCUAACGUCAAUAUAUAAAAGGGAUUUACUAUCAUUUUUAGAGUGUUAGAAAAGAAACAAGGACAAAAUUAAAAUAAUUAUGGCAAACAAAACUUUUAAUAGAGAGAAAAUUACACUCUUUUCUUUCAAUUUCAUAUUUCCAAAUUAAAAUUAGCAAUCUAUUCUCAUAGUUUCCUUGUAAAUCAAAAUUUUUAAAAAACUAGCCGUUAAAUAAUUUCUAGCUAGUCUUCUCUCCUCCUCACUCCAUACAUAUAUAGUAUCUCUUGAAAAUUCAAUUAAGAAUCCAACCAAAAUAUUUUGGGAUUUUCUUCGUCAAAAAACACAAGAUUUGAGAAGAUCUUCUCUGUUGUUUUACAUAUUUUCCAUUAGAUUUUCUCUCUAGAUUUAGUAAUGAUUUCGGGUCGUUGUGCAGCUUGUAAGUAUUUGAGGAGGAGAUGCCCUUCAGAUUGCAUUUUCUCCCCUUAUUUUCCCCCUAAUGAUCCCCAUAGAUUUGUUUCUGUUCACAAAAUCUAUGGCGCCAGCAAUGUUGGCAAGAUGCUCCAGCAACUCCCACCACAUGCACGAGGGCAAGCGGCAGAUUCUCUGUAUUUUGAGGCACAAUGUCGAAUUCAAGACCCUGUCUACGGCUGUGUUGGAAUCAUCUCCCAGCUGCAUCAACAACUACACAGUGCGGAAAGCCAACUGGCCAAAACCAGAGCAGAGAUUGCAGUCUUUAGCUCCCCUGCACAAACACCCCGACAACUUCAACAGAUCGAACCAGAUUCCGAUUGCAAUGACUUUUUAAUGGAACAGUUCAGCAAUGCUGCCCAGUUUGAUGCUUCCACGCAACCCUUUCCGACGUUAAUGUAGAAAAUUUAUCAUUCCUUUGUUGUUUCUCAGUAGCAUAUUCAUUGCAAUGUGCACGGCUUUUAUUUCUUUACACGAUUGGACCAGUGUUGUCAUGAAUAAAAUGUGAACCAUUUUUGAAAAUAUUUACUUUAAUCUGUCUUUCAAAUUGUUUUUGAGGAGAAAUCGUUAACAACUUUGUAUUUGUUUCUAAUUAAAAAGAACUUUGUAUUUGUUUUUUUUAAUAAGCGUUCUAGGCUUUGUAAAGCCUCACCAUACACUUUUGUAUGUUCGAAACUUUUGUCGCGGGUUUGACCCAACAUACACUUGUAUGUCGUCAAGUUUGAAACUUCUGUAACGCAUAUGACUGCUCAAGUUUAGGCCCAUAUCAUAAUCAAAUAUUCCAAAGCUUGUAUGACAUGGGUUACCAAAAAAGAAAAUUUUGCAUUU